UGAAUGAAAGCGAGAGGAAAUAUGAUAAUUAAUAGGGAUUUUAUACAGACGCACGCGCGUGCGCGCGGACAGAUGCUCGCUCCCGUUCGGCGGCUGCAGCGGAAGGUUUUCUCGUUCUCUGGGGUGCGCGCGCUCCGGUGUGAUGACGACCGCUCGCGCUCCGCUACCCUCCGCAUCAUUCCGCCCUUUGUGAAUGUUUGACCCAUAAAACGGAAAUGGCACGCCGUCAGGGAUCGGUUCUGCUCCGCUGCGCGGUUCUGCUGGUUCUCAGCGGCGGGAGUUCUGCUUUACCGAACCAGACCAGCAGCGCGCGUGAUGCGCAGUACCGGACCGCCGACAGUAAUAACACGAAUAAAUACGCCAGUACAGACUCUCUGGGAAUCACCGAGCGGGUACCACAGCUACAGGACAACAGCAGUGCUGUGAGACGGUGGCGUGUUCUGGGUGAAGCCGGGCCUUUGUGCGCCUACCGCACUCUUGACGCAGGUGACCCCGGGCGUCUGUGCUUCCGCUACACCCAACCUGACUUCAGGUGCACGAGCACUUCCUGUCGACAGGUGAGCUCACCUGGUGGGCAGCUCACGGCGAAUAUUCUGUCCAACGGAAGUGUGUUAAUUCAGUGGACGGUCGCUCACGAGGUCCCACAUGACUCUACCGCCCCACCAAAGAGCCUCACGCCCGGGCAGACGGGCGGGUUCAGGCUCAGCUGCUGGUGGAACGGCAGCUACACGCAGUUCGAAUGCGCCGGGGUGCAUCUAGGCAGCAGCUGCAGGGAUUAUUUACUCAACGAGCUGCACACGAACGUGCCCUACCGGCUGUGCGUGCGGCCCUACGCCCUCGAGCUGACCGAAGCCUGCGUGGAGUUCAGCCUCGCGCCCGGCGGGAUGCAGGACAUCGUUAUCGCCAUGACGACAGUGGGCGGAGCCAUCUGCGUGAUGCUGGUCAUCAUCUGCCUGCUGGUGGCGUACAUCACCGAAAACAUCAUGAACCCGACAGUGCCACACUCGCACAGAUCGCACUUACACACGCACCUGUGAAAGCACAAGCACUGACGUCACACAUCGUUAUCGUCACGCAAACUCACCUUCCUACAACUCAGGAUCAGAAUCCACGUAAAAACCACCGCGCUGCUCCUGGGAUGCACUUUCACGACGCUGCUUACACACCAGCUGUGUUCGGAGUGGAAUACUAACCUACUGUUUAGCACAUCUCUUACUUUUGAGAAAUAGAACAGUAGGCAUUAUUUUGAAAGAGUGGUGUGACCUCAUCACGUUGCUUGUGAGAUGCGUCCAGUUCUCAGAAAAGACUGUUUGCAUGUUUUAGGGCAAUUUUACAUUUCUUUCGUCACAGGUCCAGUCAGAGGCACUGCAUUGUGGGAUACAGUAUACCGCAGAGAUAGUAGGAAUAACAUGACAGUAUAUAUUCCGAACAUAGCCAGACACACAAACAAGCUUUUUUCCUGUGUUUAUGUGCAUCUUCAUCUAAAGUCUCGUUUAAUAAUCCCAUUUACCAAAAAACUGUGCACUCAUUCAUAUUUAGACUGACAGCUAUAUAAAUAUUCGUUUUAGAAAUGCACAUGAUGACUUUGUGGAAGGUAAAACGAUGUUAGUGAGUGUAGUAAGAAAGACUCUGAUUGGAGGCGUCUGUUUGACGUCUGCAUUAUUUUUAUAGCGUUUGCUCAUCUGCAAUACAUCUACAGAACGUUUCCUAUCAGAUGUCAAACAGACGUUUAGAAGAUGUCUUUAAGAUGUAAAACUGACAUCUUGUAGACGUAAGUGUGCUAUCUGCUUUAGUUUUAUUCGAGCGACGCUCUAAUGUCCUGUAUGUCAAACCCAAUAAUUUACAGUAUGCCUUAUCUCUACGUGACUCUUCUAAUUCUGAGGUAGUAAUAUUCACCAAAAUAAGGACCCACUGACUGGCUGAACAGCCAUUUGAAUACUGUGCUUUCUUCCCUCUGUAAUACAAACCUUUUGUGUCAAUAAACGAGGGUGAAUUUGAUGAA